AUUGUGGGACGUAGGCUGAUGGUGAAGUCAAGAUGGCUGUGAACGUCAGGCAGAGGAAAGAGCCUGCAGUAGGAAGGCCGUGAAUGAAGUUUUGAAUAGAAAAUCCUUUGUCGCUGCCCGCUUACACCUCAACUAUCGUGCUGUUGAAGUUGUAAUCAACCUGUGGAGGACUUGAUACAUUUACAAACAGCAACAGAAUAACAAACAACUGAGGAUAAAGUCUCGUAUGAAUUCCGACGAGAAGGAGGACUGUGAGUGUGCGCCACCACAGGCCGAGACUAGCCCCGCAGGAGGACCAUAUAGAGAAUACGAGGAGCCUGAAAUAGAAAACCCAGAAGCAAGCCGAAUGAAGCGAGCAGCUGCCAAACAUCUAAUAGAGCGCUAUUACCACCAGUUAACGGAGGGCUGUGGGAAUGAGUCGUGCUCCAACUCAUGGUGUGCCUCAUCGGUCGGCUUCAACCGCAUGGACAACAAUGCAGCAGCGGUCAAAGCCCUGGAGCUCUACAAGGUCAACGCUAAGCUAUGUGACCCCCAUCCCUCGAAGAAAGGCACUGCCUCAGCCUACCUAGAGAGUAGUGCUCACAGCAACUCAGCCUGCAGCAACAGGAAGAUGAACCAUAAAGAUGUCCACUCUGUACGGGACAAUUUCAAAGAUGUAAAUUACCUGACAGAAGAGAAGAUUUAUGAGAUCUUGGACAUCUGUGGAGAGAAGGAAGAUUACUCACCUCUGAUCAGGGUAAUAGGUCGGGUGUUCUCUAGUGCUGAGGGCCUGGUGCAGAGCUUCCGGAGGUCCAAACCUCACACCAAGGAAGAGCUCAAGUCCCUUCAAGGUAAGGAUGAGGACAAGGAUGAGGACGAGAAGGAGGCAGCUGCCUGCUCUGCAACAGCUAUGGAGGAGGACUCCCCUGCCUCCUCUUCAUCGUCAAGGCUCGGAGAGGGCUCCUCAGGGGAAAAUGAUGUCCAAAAGCUGGCCCCUGAUGAGGUGUCGGUAGACAUCGAAGCUGUACGGCGGGUCUAUGAGCGCCUGCUGUCCAAUGAGAAGAUAGAAGCUGCCUUCCUGAAUGCACUGGUCUACCUCUCACCCAAUGUAGAGUGCGACCUGACGUACCACAAUGUUUAUUCACGAGACCCAAACUACCUGAAUCUGUUUGUUAUAGUGAUGGAAAACAGUAACCUCCACAGCCCAGAGUACCUGGAGAUCGCUCUCCCGCAGUUCUGCAAGGCCAUGAGCAAACUCCCACUGGCAGCUCAGGCCAAGCUGGCGCGCUUGUGGUCGCACUACAGUGCUGAGCAGAUCCGGCGCAUGGUGGAGACCUUCCAGCAGCUCAUUACCUACAAGGUGAUCAGUAACGAGUUCAACAGCCGCAACCUGGUAAACGAUGAUGACGCAGUGGUGGCAGCCACCAAGUGCUUGAAGAUCGUCUACUAUGCAAAUGUGCUGGGCGGGGACCUCGACAUGGAGCACAACGAGGAAGAGGACGAGGAGCCCAUCCCAGAGUCCAGCGAGCUCACCCUGCAGGAGCUACUGGGUGAGGAACGACGGAACAAGAAGGGCCCUCGGGUGGACCCGCUGGAGACGGAGUUGGGGAUCCGAACCAAUGAUUGCCGGCGGCCGCUCGUUCCGUUUGAGGAAUUUGUCAAUGAGCCUCUUAACGAGGUGCUGGAGAUGGACAAGGACUACACUUUCUUUAAGGUUGAAACUGAAAACAAGUUCUCCUUUAUGACCUGCCCCUUCAUCCUGAACGCGGUCACCAAGAACCUGGGUCUGUACUAUGACAACCGUAUCCGAAUGUACAGCGAGCGGCGUAUUACUGUGCUCUACAGCUUGGUGCAGGGUCAGCAGCUCAACCCCUACCUGAGGCUCAAAGUGCGCAGAGACCACAUCAUUGAUGAUGCUUUGGUCAGGCUGGAGAUGAUAGCAAUGGAGAAUCCUGCAGACUUGAAGAAGCAGCUGUAUGUGGAGUUUGAAGGAGAGCAAGGUGUUGAUGAAGGAGGCGUUUCCAAAGAGUUCUUUCAGCUGGUGGUGGAGGAAAUCUUCAACCCAGAUAUUGGCAUGUUCACAUAUGACGAGCGCACCAAAAUGUUUUGGUUCAACCCAUCAUCGUUUGAAAAUGAGGGACAGUACACUCUGAUCGGCAUCGUUCUCGGUCUGGCCAUCUAUAACAACUGUAUCCUGGAUGUCCACUUUCCUAUGGUGGUCUACAGGAAGCUGAUGGGCAAGAAAGGAACUUUCAGGGACUUGGCUGAUGCCAACCCGGUUCUGUACCAGAGCCUGAAGGAGCUGCUGGAGUAUGAGGGCAGUGUGGAGGAGGACAUGAUGAUUACUUUCCAAAUUUCCCAGACAGACCUGUUCGGGAAUCCUCUUAUGUAUGAUUUAAGGGAAAAUGGGGACAAGAUUCCAGUCACAAAUGAAAACAGAAAGGAGUUUGUGGCCCAGUAUGCAGAGUACAUGCUGAACAAAAGUGUGGAGAAGCAGUUCAAAGCGUUCAGGAGAGGCUUCCACAUGGUCACCAACGAGUCGCCGCUCAAAUACCUGUUCAGACCAGAGGAGAUCGAGCUCCUCAUCUGUGGAAGCAGAAACCUGGAUUUCCUAGCACUUGAAGAAACAACAGAAUAUGAUGGAGGUUACAACAGAGAUUCUCGAAUCAUCAAGGAGUUUUGGGAGACGUUGCACUCGUUUGGUGAGGAGCAGAAACGCCUCUUUCUGCAGUUCACCACUGGCACUGACAGAGCACCUGUGGGUGGGCUGGGCAAGCUGAAGAUGAUCAUUGCCAAGAACGGCCCUGACACGGACAGGUUACCAACGUCCCACACUUGCUUUAAUGUGCUGCUGCUGCCUGAGUACAGCAGCAAGGAGAAGCUGAGGGAGAGACUGCUGAAAGCCAUCACCUAUGCCAAAGGGUUUGGCAUGCUCUGAGCCCCUGCUCCAAACACAUAGCAAACGGACUCCUUCUCAGAAAGCCCAUCAAACCCUGCCCUGCCCUUCCUUUAUCAGACACAAUCUAAAAGCUGACAAAAGACAGACCAGAGUAUGUUUCGAGGAAAGCAAGUCAAUGGUUCCAAUAGAGCGCUCUAGUAGUUCUACUGUGCCUGCAUCAUCCCACAUCAGUCAGUGUAAGCACAGAGACCUCCUGAUCAAAGUAUCCACCCCACAUCCACAUUAUGUGAAUGUGCCGCAGCCUCCCCAUCUUUUUUUCUAUGUACAGAGGAUCAUUUUCCUUAUUAUUUAUUUUAAGGUUAAAAUGGGUUAUUUUUCAUGCCUGCCUGUUGUGAUAGCUUCCCUUCUUGGGGAAAGGGGGAGGGUUAAUAUUAAACCAUGUACAUUUGGGACAACAUAUUAACAGCCAAUAUAAACCCCAUUUAUUGAACAAAAACAUGUUACCCCUGAAAACUUGUUCACAAACUGUUGACAGAGGAAAUCUAGCAUUAGAGUAGUCUUUACUACAAAAUAUUGUAUUCUCCACAGAAGAAAGACCUCUUGCUGACCAUUCCACUCACAGCCAUCGGUUAUUGUUUCUGUCAAGUCCAUUUUUGAUCAAGGUAAGCAUUUGGAAAGUUACUGUCAUUUGGUCCAAAAUGGCACAUUAUCAAAUAGCUGUUUUUCUCUUUUGAUUUUGGGCCUUUUCUCCUUAUGGUGGGGGGAAUGGGGGGACGACACACCACAGGUUAGACUAAAAUCUUGUCAGAGCUGUGUAAGUGCACUUAGACAUUUUCAGAAUGUUUGUUUUUUGGCCACAGGUUGCCAUGAUUGUUUGAAGCAUUUUAUUUCCAUGUCUUCCUGUGUUGACGAUUCUAAAUAAAAACAGUAUUUAUAUAUCAGUGCGGUUGAAACUACAAUACCGUAUUGUUCACAUUUUUGGAGGAUGUACACCUGUAGACCAGUCACUGAUGAAGUUUCUCAGAUACAGACACAGAGCUCUUCUUGUGCCAACCUAUACAGUCAGUUGAAACCCCAGUAAGCACUUUGUGUUGUCUUUUUCUGGCUUAGUCUUGUAUGAAUAGACAGCUCACACUGCAGGGUCUCUGUUGAAUAUAGCUCCAGUUUAUGUGGAACCUCCACAUGUAGUCAAGAAGGCAGUGUGUUCAGACAUUUUCAUUGUCACUGUAGAUCAUUGUCACUGAAGUCUCUGAUUGUGGUUAUGCCUGUCAUUUUAAUACAAAAUGUAUCCUCUGACAACACAGGUCUAAGUGUUUGAAUUGACAGUGCCAUGCCAGAUCUCUGAAUGUGAGCCAUCUGGCACUGUGAUCACACACAGGGCAAGUGAGGAAAGCAGUCUUAAACACAAUCUAAACAAACAACUAUAACUUUUUUAUAUCAAAGCUUCAAUCCUGAAGCCACAUAGUCUCCAAAGAAGUCCCAUAUCUGUUCCUGUCAGUCCCUCCUUUGCUGUUAGACCCAGAAUGGAAAAUAAUAUCAGCAUAUAGGCAAAUCUGUGGGUUUGAUCUGAUUUAAAGCAGGGAUACUCAACUUGCUUGUCCCGGGGGCCAGUUAAUAAACAAAUACGUUUAUUUAUGUGGUAAUCUUCGCUUUUCUUGCAGUGUUACCAGUAGGGAUUGAAAGUGAUAAGAUUUGAUUGCUUAUCUGUCUGGUUUGUCAAUUCCCUUAUUCAUUCCUGAUCAAAUUUGUGUUAAAGAAAGUAGGCCUUUACAAGUUUUUAGCAUCAACGCAACUGUUUUAUUAUCUCUGAGACUGAACCCAGUGUAGAAACAAGAGUAGAGUUAUAGUAGUUUGAGUUUCUUAAUAAAUGAAGCCACACUUUGGACUGCUUCUUCCUCUUUGCCUUGACGACCAGCAGUGUAGACACGAGUUUGACGUCAUUGUUUUGCAAUGCGCAACUGUCAGAAAAAUAUGCAGGCAUUGAUAAAGGGAAUUUAUAAGCUCAGUGGCAUACGAUUCCAAUGGAUUGGACAAUUAGGAACAGGUUCUCAACAGAAACUGCUUCUCGAUUCUCGUCCCUAGCUACCAGAUGGCAACUGCACUGAAGCUAGCAUGUUUUGACUCAUGAUGGCGCCUGAUAUUAGCAACCUUGCAUACAGCAAUUGUGAUUUGGCAAAUUAAUUUAAUUGCCUGUUUCCAUUGUCAACCUUUCAAUGUUUUUUCAAGUCCAGUCGCAGCAGUCCCAUGCAGGUCAGAAAUCAAGUGUCACUGCUUCUGCAAGCUGCACAGAUUGCUGAAACGCUGAUUUGCAACUUCCUAGGCAACAGCCAAUGGACAUUAUUGAGCAUUUACGAAUUGAUACAGGCAAAACAAUCCCUGUGUAAAUCAGUUUAUUUUCAUUGUGAAUUAGAAAAUGGUCUGCAGGCCAGAAGGCACCCUAUCAUGGUUCUAAAGUUGAGUAUCUCUGAUUUAAAGGAAUAUAAGAUUUUGAGAGAGGUUGAAUUUAAAUGUCACCUAGACUGCAUCCAAAGAUUGGAAGCAGGCAGAAACAAUUAACCUAGCUCUGGAGAACAAAAAUAAUCCACUUUUAAAAAAACUCCAUAUUGUAUAUUUUGAGUUUAAAGUAUGUAGAAAGAUGUGGACACAUCACUGUGAUCAGAUUUAUAUUUGGAUCUGUCACAUUCAAUGAGAUGGAAGCAGGUGUAACCACUGUCUAUGGAAAGGUCUAAUGAAAAGUGUGGACUUUUUCUUUUCGACAUUAAUUGGAAUAUCAACUGUGAAUCAUCUCCCUACAGAAGAGGCAGAUUUUCUGUAUUUUUUGAUGAUUUUUUCAGUUUUUGUUCAGUUGAAUAGGGUGUACUUGUAAAGAACUGGCAUGAUGAUCUUGCACACGGACUCAAUUCACUGGUUUAAAUGUUUGUUUGUUUUAAACAACCUGGGUCUUGUUUUGUAGUUGUGGCCAUGAUUCUUUUCAUUUUAGAACUCAACAAUUUUAUACUCUGCCACUGUCAAUAUGAGUGCAUUAAGGAGAGCAGCACAAGUCAUCAUACACCCUCACAGGUUUUAAAGCAUUUACAGUUUAACCAAAUUAUUACAUUUGUUUAAUUUGUUAAAGUUUUUGCUGUUGACUAAGAAUCAUAAAUACACGUUAGAGCCAACCCUUUUGCAAACAAUAUGCUUUGCUAGAAAUUUGAAUUAUUUCUACCAUUCCAAUUGGCUUCCAUUCAUGUCAGGACAAUAUGAAAAUCAAUGGCAGACUCUUGAAAUGUAUCAUUCUGAGAUUGCAAAUUGCAGUGUGGACUGCUGAGUUUUACCUUUACUACCAGACAAAAACAACACUGACAAAAAUCCACACAUCCUUGUGAUGGAUUGUGCAACUGAAGCAUAUUUCAAGAAUCUGCUGAUUUUCCAUACUAGAUAGGAAGGAAUGGAAGCUAGAGCUGCAUCUAACGAUUAUUUUCAUUAUUGAUUUAUUUAGCUAUCAUUUUCUCGAUUAGUAGAUUAGUUGGUUGGUCCAAUAUGUCAGAAAAUGGUAAAACAUGUUUCCUAAAUCCCAAGAUGAAGUCCUCGAAUAUUCAGUUUACCUUAAAAGAAGACUAAAGAAAUUCAUAUUUUGCUGAAAUCAGAGAAUUUUGACUUUUUUGUUUGUUAAAAACGACUCAUUGAUUUAGUGAUUAUCACAAUAGUUGCUGAUUAAUAGUUGACAACUAAUCCAUUUAUUGACUGAUAGUUGCAGCUCUAAUGGAAGCCAAUGCCUGCUGUUAACAGUGUGAAAAAUACACUAAAAUUCAAAAACUAUUGCAUAAAUUUGAACAAGGUCAUCAAAAAUGUAAACAGUACAACAAAGACACUGCUCCUUUAACAUUUACUUUUUUGUUUUACCUCCAGAUUAGUGAUCGGGUAAACUGGACAGGUUUGACCACUGAUAAGUAAACCAUGCAGACUGCUGUGAAACAGUUUCCUCUUAUCUUCAACAUUGGCAUUAAAUGAUACGCUAUACCAUUUAUUUCAAGGUCUGAUUACUAGCUUUUUGAAACUUUUAACCACAUAUCAUAGUCUUAAUCAGUAAAUGGAGCAGGCUCAGGUGUCAUCAUUUAUUUUCUUUGUCAAUCUGUUACUUUUCUUCUAUUAAUCGAUUAGUUGUUAGGUCCAUAAUGGUGAAUGAUCACUGAUAAGUAUUUUCCAAAGCCCAGUUGAUUUCCUCAAAUGUCUUGUUUUGUACACAACCUAGACCUAUUCAAUUUAUUAUCACAGAGGACUAAAACAAACAAAUUAAACAAUUAUAAUUGAUGAAUGGACUACCUGUUGCAACUGGGCGUAGAUAGUGACUCCUGUCUCUGUUCAAAUGUUCAAAUGGUCUUUGCCGUUGAAUAUGAAUGUCCUCCUUGAUCUUCAUCCAGGUUUUGCGGUUUAAUGUCGAGGAUCAGAAACGGACAACGUUAAGUGUCUGAGAACACAAGACCAAAACCACUCACAGCAACCACUGGGAAUAGGUCAAAGGUCAUGGACUAGGAUUCAGUGGACAAGCGCAGAAAGAUCAAGGAGGACAUUCACAUCUGACACCAGAGACCAUCUUCGAACAAAGAUAGGGGUUAUUACCAUCUUGCCCCAUAUUUUUUUCUUUGGUCACCAUGUAAUAACACCAGAACCAGUUUCAUUCACUGAUGAUGGAACAAAAAUAAGAAAAGAUGUGUUUAAAGGUUCCUGAAAACUAUUAAGUUGACCUUGAGAUAAUAAUCAUCUGGGGAAUUUCUUUUGUUAUUAAUAUUAAACCAUUACAGACUUUUUUUGGUGAGUAGUGAUACAGCAACGAAGCUUUAUCUGCAUUAAUACAUUUAAAGCUGCAUGGUAGCAGAUGGAUGUUCUAUGUAUCGUCAUGGGCACUUCAGUGGUGGUGGUGGUGGUUGUUGUAGGAGGUUGAAUCUGUCUCUUCUCCCUCAGACACUGGUGUGUCUAACUUUAAGGUUCUUGUUGUUCUUGUGAUGUGUCUGCAAGAGGACUAUCUGAUUAUUUUUUUUGCUCAGCCUGUGAGCAUGAUGGUACCCACAAAAUGCCACUAAAGCGCGGUGCUCAGACCACAGCAGUACACAACAACUCUGAGCCAUUCUUUCCCUUCCAUUAGUCUUACUUUGUCAUUUUAUUGGUUUCAUCCAGACCUGGGCAAAAUGAUUUACUAGUAUACCUUUGACUCCUUGGUUUAGCCUUAAUUGGAGUCACUUUGGACUGUACAAAGAGUGCCUAAAAAAUGUAAACUAACACUGGACCGUGUUUGACAGUCACUAUAGCAUACAGUAUAUAUCAUUGUUAUACUGCAGUAAACCUCCAUCACGUGGAACUCUGUAGGUUAAAGCAAAGGUUAUGGAUGGAUGAAUUACAACUGUUAUUGAGCCCAGGUCUGGUUUCAGCUGUUUAACAUUACUCUGUACCUCUGUUUUGUAAUGCUGAAGAUGCUGCUCACCUGGACAUGUGAAAGUGCAUUAGAGCCUAGUGAAGGUAAAAGGUGAAAAGUCAACCUGAUCUUGGAAAGGGAAGCAGUUUUCAAUUGGUUUGUCUCCACAGUUACAUUCUAAAAGAUACAAACUGAUGAAAGGCUAAAAGUAUUCAGUGUUGUGAAAACAUGCUAAAUAAAGAUGACUGCUUUUUUCCAACUUG